ACUUUUUCUGUUUCCUCAACUAACAUCUUAUUCAAAGACAAUGUCUGAAGCGUCUCUUCAAGGGAAAUUGAAGUAUGAUGUAGAGUACAAGGCUCCUGUUGAUAAGAUCCAUGAAUUCUGGAGCCGUGGCAUUAGCGACCUUCCAAAAAUCUCUCCUAACAUAAUUCAAAACAUUCAGUUAGUCGAAGUUUCCUGGGGAAAUGAAGGCUGCAUCCAUAAUGGAUUACGAGCAGAAAUCUAUAAGCUUCAAAGUCAUUGGAGGCAUAUUUUGGAUUACUAUAGGAGUUUCAAGUUCAUUCUUGAUCAAGUUACACCCAAAGGGAAUGGGGGUAGCUUGGCAAGUUGGACUUUGGAGUAUGAGAAGCUGAGUGAGAAUGUUCCAGACCCCAUCUCGUUGCGUGAUGAAUCUGUAAAUCUCAACAAAGCCGUUUCUGCUUACCUCUCUCAGGCUUAAAUGGAGAUAUACCUCAUGUCCUGUGUGCCAUGCCAGCUAAUUAAGAUAAUUAAUAUUACUGAUGAGAUGAAUAUGUAGUACUAAUAAUAGAAAGCAAGUUAGCUGGCUUAUUUAAAUAAAAACCUGAGCAGUUU